AUGGCAAACCGGUCUGCCUCCACCCCAACUCCACACCAUCCCUCUCCCUCCCUGCCCUCUUUUCUCCUCCCCUCCCUGCCCUCUUUUCUCCUCCCCUCCUUCCCCUCUUUUCUCCUCCCCUCCCUCCCUCUUUGCUCCACCCCUCUUUGCUCCACCCCUCUUUUCUCCUCCCCUCUUUUCUCCUCCCCUCUUUUCUCCUCCCCUCCUUUCUCCUCCCCUCUUUUCUCCUCCCCUCUUUUCUCCUCCCCUCUUUUCUCCUCCCCUCUUUUCUCCUCCCCUCUUUUCUCCUCCCCUCUUUUCUCCUCCCCUCGCUCCUCUCUUUUCUCCCCUCCUCCCAUCCCUCCACUCACUUUCUCUCCCCUCCUCCCAUCCCUCCACUCACUUUCUCUCCCCUCCUCCCAUCCCUCCACUCACUUUCUCUCCCCUCCUCCCAUCCCUCCACUCGCUUUCUCUCCCCCCCUCACAUCCCUCCCCUCCAACAGCCUCCUCUCAGCCACACUAGAGCCAGGUCGAGCCGUUGCUAUCACCACUGCCACUGCCGCAGCUAUAGCAGCCUCUGAUUAA